GAUAAAGAACUAUGAUGCUCAAACAGAAAUAUCUUUAUAAUCGGGUCCCAUUUCCCGCCGGCUUAAAGUAUCUGCAAAUUUGAUACUAAUUAAUUUUUGUAGGUGGGAUGACUGACCACUCACGAGUCACCAACUUACAUAAAUCUAAUCCAACUGAACAAUACACUAUUCCAAUAAAAUAAACAUGAUUUCGAAUAAUAUCUCAUGAUUAAUUCUCUUUAUUAAUACACUACACACACCCCACAUAUUUUCCUUGCAGCAACCAACAUCUCACUCGACUAGUGUACCAGAAAAAGUGGAGAGAGAGAGAGAGAGCUAUUAAUGGCGAAGCGCAGUGCUAAUUAUGUGAGAGGUUGCAGGCUUACAGUUAUUCUGUAUGUAUAUGCGGCGGCAGUGGCAGUUACUGCAAGAGUGCUGCCGUUGCAUCCGUACUAUGAUGGCCACCAAAGCAGAAUUUAUGAUACUUCAAAAUAUGGGAUUUUGCAGCUGGGAAAUGGUUUGGCUCAAACUCCUCAGAUGGGAUGGAAUAGCUGGAAUUACUUCAGAUGCGACAUUCAUGAAAAAGUAAUCAGAGAAACAGCUGAUGCACUUGUUACUACGGGUUUGGCUAAGCUGGGGUAUGUAUAUGUGAAUAUAGAUGAUUGCUGGUCUGAAGUGGAAAGGGACUCAGAGGGUGAUAUGGUUCCUGAUUCCAAAGCAUUUCCAUCAGGCUUAAAGGCUCUUGCUGAUUAUGUGCACUCAAAGGGUUUAAAAAUCGGUAUCUACUCAGAUGCAGGACUUCAUACAUGUCAACUUCGGCCUGGCUCACUUAAAUAUGAAAAUGAUGACGCAGAACUCUUCGCAUCUUGGGGUAUCGAUUACUUGAAGUAUGACAACUGUUUCAAUCUGGGAAUUGAUCCUAAGGAGAGGUUUCCCACUAUGCGUGACGCCUUGAACGCAACUGGAAGGACGAUAUUCUAUUCACUUUGUGAAUGGGGUUUGGAUGAUCCAGCAUUAUGGGCAAGUAAAAUCGGCAACAGUUGGCGCACUACAGAUGACAUUGAAGAUACAUGGGAAAGCAUGACUGCGAUUGCUGAUAUCAACGACAAGUGGGCAGCAUAUGCUGGACCUGGUGGAUGGAAUGAUCCGGAUAUGUUAGAAGUUGGAAACGGAGGAAUGACUCACCAGGAGUACCGAUCACAUUUCAGCAUUUGGGCUCUGAUGAAGGCACCACUCAUCAUCGGCUGUGACGUGAGAAACAUGACAACAGAGUCAUAUGAGAUUCUUACCAAUGAGGAGGUUAUUGCUGUAAACCAAGAUUCACUUGGUGUGCAAGGGAGAAAAGUUUAUACAUACGGACCCGAUGGUUGCUAUCAAAUUUGGGCCGGUCCACUCUCCGGGCAGCGCACAGCCAUUGUCUUGUGGAACAGGUGUUCAGAAGCUGCCACAAUCACAGCCAAAUGGGACACAGUGGGGCUCGAAUCUUCAACCAGCGCCUCUGUUAGAGAUCUGUGGAAGCAUGAGUAUGUUUCUUUGAGCUCCUCGAACUCGUUCAGUGCUAAAGUGGAGGCGCACGCCUCGGAGAUGUACAUUUUGGCCCCGGCUGCAGCUGCUGCCUCUGCAACUUAGUCGGAAGAAGAAAACGGCAUUUUUCCUGUUUGUACGAAGGAUAUAUUCAACCUAUUUUCUGCUUGCUUGAUAUGCAUUGAUCGAAUUCCAUUUAAGUAUUAUUUGUGGUUGCUUGCAUUGAUGUAGUGUUUUUGGCUAUCUCUAAAUUUUAUUGGGAGAUUAGCAGUUGUUGAUCAAGGGUUGUUGCAAGCUAUUAGAGUGAGUUUAGUUUGCGGUGGCAUUAUCAUCAAGCAUUUGGAAUUGUCGUAAUGUAUGGUUUCUAUUUUUUAGAAAUUGUAAUGCAUGAUUUGUAUUAGACCCUUGUGCUGAAAUAAUAUUUAUGUAGCAGUGUUGCAUUUUUAUGCACCACUCUCUAUCUGCUCUUA